GUUGACGUCCCUUUUGAUAGCAACAUCCGUGGAGAGCUGAGGUGGCAUAGCGUUAGACUAGACACAAGCAGCAACAUGAGACUUUUUGUAGCAGUUUUGGCUCUCUGUUUGAGCCUUUGUGCCGCUGAGACCUGCACAGACCCUGUUUUUUCCCCCUCCACCUACACCACGACGGAUGCAGUCAUCUCUUCUGAGACUGUGUUCAUUGUGGAGCUCAGCUUGGCCUGUUCCAAUGGGGUCCAGAGCGUGGCCCUGUAUGCAGAUGUCAAUGGGAAGCAGUUCCCUGUGACCCGUGGACAAGAUGUCGGCAAAUACCAGGUCUCCUGGAGUUUGUCCCACAAACAGGCCAGCUCGGGCACUUAUGAGGUGAAAUUCUUCGAUGAGGAGUCCUACAGUGCCUUGCGCAAGGCUCAGAGGAACAAUGAAGAUGUUGCUGCCAUCAAGCCUCUGUUCUCUGUCAACGUGGACCACAGAGGAGCAUGGAAUGGCCCCUGGGUGUCCACUGAGGUUCUGGCGGCCGUGAUUGGCGUUGUGGUCUACUAUUUGGCCUACAGCACCAAGAGCUCCAUCCAGGCCUGAAACCACUCACCUCAUAAUAACAGCAGCAGAACUGCGCUCAACUCAGCCCAUGUUCUUCCUUCCUUCUUUCUGUCUGCUGAGCAUUGAAAUGCAUCAGCAUAUCUGCUGAGACUGAACGAGCACACACUGUUGUUUAGUGGUGGGACCCUUCUGUAACACCAUGUGUGUACACAUUUGCAGAAGACAGUCAUUCCAUCUGGACAUGGAGGCUGAGCUGGUACACACACAUAUAUACACACACACACAUACAUACAUACAUACAUACAUACACACACACACACACACAUACAUACACACACACACACACACACACACACAUAUACACACACACACACAAUGAUAUUUGUGCAAGUGUUUGUACAAAUAAAAAGUAAAAAUAGCAAAUUCUUCCUUAAGGAAGUAUGAAUGGUCAUCAGCAGAUUUUUAAAACAUUGGUAAAAUCAUGUCAUCCAGUUUGAUAGAAAAUGGUAACUGCACUGACAGAAAGGAAAAUACCAUUCUGGAUAUGAAAUGUUGUCAUUAAAUUUCACUGAAUAUGUGAAUUGAAUAAAUAACUUUAUAUACA